AUGUCUACCGACAAGAUUACCUUCCUCACCAACUGGCAUGCUACGCCCUACCACGCCCCCUUGUAUCUCGCCCAGAAGAAGGGAUACUUCCAGGACGAGGGCAUCAAGGUCGCCAUCCUCGAGCCCAAUGACCCUUCUGAUGUCACCGAGAUCAUUGGAAGCCAGAGGGUCGACCUCGGCUUCAAGGCCAUGAUCCAUACCCUUGCUGCCAAGCACGGGAACUUCCCGGACAGCGGAAUCACCACCGACUUCCGCUCCCUCAAGGGCAAGCGUAUCGGCUACGUUGGAGAGUUCGGCAAGAUCCAAAUUGAUGAGCUCACCAAGUACUAUGGCAUGAAUGCCGAAGACUACACCGCCGUCCGCUGCGGCAUGAACGUCAGCAAGGCCAUCAUCCAAGGCGACAUCGACGCCGGCAUUGGUCUCGAGAACGUCCAGAUGGUCGAACUCGAAGAAUGGCUCGUCAGCCAGAACCGUCCCCGCUCCGACGUCCAGAUGCUCCGUAUCGACGAGCUUGCUGAACUCGGCUGCUGCUGCUUCUGCUCCAUCCUGUAUAUCGGAAACGAGAAAUUCAUCUCCGAGAACCCAGAGAAGGUCAAGAAGUUCAUGAAGGCCGUCAAGCGUGCUACCGACUACGUGUUGGAGAAGCCCGAGGCUGCCUUUGAGGAGUACAUUGACAUGAAGCCCAUCAUGAACACCGCCGUCAACCGUAAGAUCUACGAGCGUUCCUACGCCUACUUCAGCAAGGACUUGAAGAACGUCGCUCGUGACUGGGAGAAGGUCACCAAGUACGGCAAGCGAUUGGGAGUUUUGGACGAGUCGUUCAAGCCAAACUACACCAAUGAAUUCUUGUCCUGGGACAUGGAGCCUGAGUCUGCUGAUCCCACGGGUGACCAGAAGAAGAUGUGUGCUCUCCAGAAGAAGGUUGCUGAGGAGGGUGGAUUCAAGAGAAUCCAGGUCUCUGCUUAA